GCAUCACGUGACUACGGCGACAGAUGAGGGUCCUUUAGCGGAGUUCGACUCUGAGCUUUAGAUUAUCAUCAUCAAACCGGAAGUGAUUGCAUUAGCCUGUGUGAUAAAGAAUGAAAGAUAAGGAACUCUCUGAAGGACUUAAACCGGGUCUUUCUGUCCUGAUCCGGAACCUGCUCCGGCAGCAGGCUUUUAAGUUGAAAAGCAGUGACCGGAAGUGUGUUUCAGCGGUUAGCUCGUGCUCUGAGUUCUUAAAGUUUCCUGGUUUCAGUUUUCAUGAAGAUGAGUGCGGACCUUGAUCAAACCCCCCGCUCUCUGCUGGUCUCUGAGAGAUCCACCUUUCAGGACCAGAAGAACCGGGUCAGCUCCCAGGUGGAGCAGCUGCACCUGAACUACAAGGUAUCUAUGCUGCUUCCGGACUGUGGCUCCGCCCCCCAUCACCUGGACUCCGUCUUAAAGUCUUUCAGCAGUUUCUACCUGAUCAAGGACCUGCCCAUACACCAGCUGCUGGACCAGGACUUCUUAGAGUCUGCAGUGUAUCAAGGCAGUGUGUAUGGUGUAUCCUACAGGACCAGGAUAGAUGAGGAUAACUGUGUAGCUCUGACGCCUAAAGGUCACCUGUGUCUCUCUCUGGAUAAAGACUCGUUUGAGGUUUUGGGAGUUGAGGGGAAACCGUCCAGAUUCAACCAUCGCACGAACAGCAGAUUCAUCGUGUCUGUGGAUUUGACGGACAGCUGCAUGGCGCCUGGUGGGCGGGGCUACGAGAGACUCCUCACAGGUCUGAGAUCAAGACUACAACUGAAGACCGACUUCCUGCUGUCACAUCACCCAGGGGGCGGAGCCUCUCUGCAGGCCCUCCUGUCUCGUUUCGAUUGGUCAGAGCACAGACCUGAGAUCAGCUGUCGCACUUUGACCCAGCUGUCCUGUCCCGCCGUGCUGACCUCUGACCUGCUGUCAUGUGACCCUCACAGUUUCCUAGAGUGGCUUGGAGCCGUGGACGCUCACGUCAGCAGCGAGAACUCGGCCAGCAGCUUCCUGUCGUCGUUCACCUGUCCCGAGCCGAUGACGACCGUCAGCCGAGCACUAAACGUCUCCGUGUGCGGACUGCUGCUCCCUCAGGACAUCCACCGCCUCAUCCAGCACAUCAGGUCUUCCCUGGAGCAGCCUCACUUAGAGUCCUGGGCGUCCCUGACAGUUCAUGGUUUUGUCGACAGUCCAGUUUCCUGGGGCGACAAUGAACACGGAGUCCUGAGAGGAGGAGACAACUUCUACAGUCUGCUGAUGGUCCACGACCAGACCUACUACCUGCACCAGGCUACAGGAGCACAUGACACCUGUCCCCCCUGACCACACGUGUCCACACCUGUCCCCCCUGACCACACCUGUCCCCCCAGACCACACCUGUCCCCCCUGUCCACACCUGUCCCCCCUGAUCACACCUGUCCCCUCCUUGCGAUGAGGUUCAGGUGUGGUCAGAGUCUGAAGGAGGACCUUUGAGGAGUGUUUUUUGUGAAUGAUGACGUUACUGAGUCGUGGUCGUUAUGAUGUCAUUGACCCCGUGGGGUCAGGAGCCGCAGGUUGAGGACCUGUUCUUUGACCGGUUUGAGUUUUUUAUAUUCCCUGAGUUUUGAACAGGAAGUGAAAUUAUUAAGAAAAUAAAGUUUGUGUUCAAAGUGUU